AUGGCGGCCGCCCCAGAUACGGCCGAGUCCCAUAUGCAGGCCCAUCAUCUCCUCCCAGACGGCACGGAGGCGGUCGACCUACAGAACGCCAUGACAUUUAUAGGCCCAAGACUGCAUCAAGAUCACGAUCUCCUGUUCGUUCUCGGUCAUACUCCUCUCGAUCUCGCUCACCGGCGCUGCGCAGAGGUAGUCCUGGUACAGAAUCGCGACAUCACCGGCGCCGGAGCCCAAGCUACAGCAGCUAUGGUUACAGCAGUCGAAGUCGCAGUCCAAACCGGAACCGAGGGCACAAUCGAAAUUAACAGCGAGAGUUUUGCGGUACCGUUCCUUGUUGUGUAUCGGUUCAGCUCUAGCGGGGGAUUACGUUUGAUCUUUGGUGCCGGCAACCGAAUUCUAUCGCAAGAUAUCCAGAGUAGCUAG